AUGCCUCCCUCUGUACCCAACAGCCAAGGCUCCGACUCUCCAGCGGAUGUCCCCUACGGCACAUGGAACUCAUUCCCCUGGGAGCCCUUCCCCGAAUAUGCCGGUUCCAAGUCAGUUCUGUAUCGCUCAGCAGACGGCAAGAUUGUCGCGGGAGCUGCCAAAGAAACAGGGACAGCAACGCUCACCUACCCGUGUGACGAGUUCUUCUACGUAACCGAGGGGUGGAUCAAGCUGGCAAUCCACGGGGGGGAGACAUUCACCUUGACCAAAGGGCAAUUUAUAUAUCUGAAGAAGGGAACUACGGUUGACUUUGAGUUUGGACCGGAUUUCGCAAAUGUGGCUGUCUUUAUUGAUAGCAACCCGGUGACGCUUAUCUGA